AUGUUCAUGCCAGGUCCCCCGCAGCUCUCAGAGGCUGAGGUCAAGGCUGGAGAGAAGGAGGCAGCUCAAACAAUAAAGGCGGUCAUUACCGGCAGUAUUCUGCUCUAUCUCUGUAAGUUGGAUUGGGCCGGCAUGGUCCAAUGUCCCAUCAUCUAG